AGAAGAAAUUAAAAAGGGAAAUUUCCUGUUUAUGGGACGCGAAAAAUUGAUACGAAAGUCGUUCGAAUAUUAUUUCUCAAGAAUUUUGCUUUUCCGAUGAUCUUUCGAACUCGUCUGUAUACCAGCCUCCGGAAACAAUUGUCGAUACUAUUUUAAGAGCACGUUGGGAGGCUAGGUGAUUGAAAGAAUAUGAAAAAUUGAUGACUUUCCGGCUCGUUAAUGCGACCCGAUGCGCAUCCUCGACGAGAAAAAUAAUAAAAAGUGUCCGCGCAGAUAAAAUUACGUCGCGAUACGAUACGCGAGCAGGCGCAAUUUCGUGAUUCUUGCUCCAUUAUCUCCGAAUCGCGCUAGUAAUCUUUGGUUACGAAUGUCAUUAGAGGGCUGAUUAGGCGACAAUCACUAUUUUCCAUGCCCCGCUCUGUAGUAUCGUUAUUUACGUCAAUAAGAACUUUUGUCUCGUCACGAAAGAUUGCUCCCGAGCUCAGAGCGCUUUGGUUCCGGGAUUUCAUAUUUAAAAAAAAAAAUUAAGAAAAAUUUCGGUAGAGCAUUGCGGAGGGUUAUUAAAAAAUAAAGGAAAGUCUCGAGGAAAACGUCGAAUCUAUUUUCGAAUCGGGAAUUGAGUCUGGGUGUUGAAAUUAUUGAGGAAAUCAACAAUUAGCGGUGAGCAAAGAAGCAAAUGAGGAUAAAUAUAUAGUUAAAAAGUGAUGGCGUGGCUUAUCGCCGAACACUUUGUGGAUAGAAAAUGUUUCGAAAACGAGAACUCUCGAUGGGCGUUAAUUGAUCGCAAAUCUCGCGUUCCCAUCGGCUCUCCGCCGUUCUCAAAGUCAUCUUAUGCCGAAGAGGGAUUCUGGUUUGGAAACUUUUCAAUAAAAAUCACUCGUAAAACCGGAUUUAUGAGGUUUAACAAUUUACGAAGUUACGCAUUCUUCCGAAAUACCUACGAAUUUUUACUACGUUUCAACACGUUUUUCACCUUAAUCAUUUCGUCGUUAUUAAAGAUUUUUUUCAACCGCCAUUAUUUGUAGUGACGCAUCACUCGUCAUAAAUAAUUGAGAAACCAAUAAAAUCUUUUUUUUUUUAAUGACUUUUCAGACUACUAGAACACAAAACGAAACCCCUUUCGCAUUCACUUUGUAAAAAAAGCUACAGUAAAUAGCUCACAAAAAUAAUCAUGAGGAUAAAUGAUGAAUGCCAUCGUGUAUUGUGACACGAGCAAAUUAGACUUGUUUUUAUAAUUUUAUGGGUUUACGACCGAGAAUAUUCAAUGUUGUUUGCAUCCUUGUCUCUAUUCAUACACUAAUAAAGACACUUCGUUGAACAUAUUAACGAAAAAAAGUGAAAAUGUUCGACAUGAAAAACAUCGUGGAACAAGUUCGAUUACACGAAAAUAAUAUUUUCUUCUGGCACACAAAAAUUAUCACCUCUCACUCAUCGUUUAUGUCAAAUAUUAACCUCACCAAGAAAAUGAAUCAUCCCCAAUGGACGUAUUUUCAUUAUUGAGAUGAAAUACACUAUGAAAUCCUUAAUAAAGACUUCAUUUAACGUUGGAAGCUUCAAAAUGAGGAUGGAACGUCUCUCGUGUGCUUCGAGCGAGACUCACUCUUACCUCCUACAGCUAUACAUUUUCGACACUGAAUAUGGUUGCAUUCUAAAAGGCUGGUUGUUGAAAAACUGCUCCGUAAAAGCUCUUUCUUAUUUGACGAUUUUUAUAAAUAUCGAGGUUUGGGAGACAAAUCUGAUCCUGUUAAUCCUUUAGGAAUUCGAUACGUUGAGCAUACUACACAGUAUUGUGUCGAAUGUGAUGUGAACUUGAAAAUGUUUGAUUGCGAAAUGGCAUAUGGUUCGUUACAAACUCACACGAUAACGAGGCAGUCGUCGAGGAAAUAAUUCAGACAUUUGCCAGCCAUCGAUACGAAAAAAAUAGCGAUAAGUCUCCAGUUGGCCAGAACAUGGCGCCACCGCGUGUUUCCUCCUGUUAUUUAAAAAUGGCGCUGUUCGCUCGUGCCAACGCGAACACAGUAUCGUUAACUAACAAUUGUUACUUAUUUAAAUUGACAAGUCGUGAUGUCAUGUUGCGAACUAUCGUUAGCUACGCGAAUAAAUUAUCAAAUUAUGGAAAAUCCUCGAAAUGGACGUGUUCUCUUCAUUCUAACGGUCAUUGUGACAUAACCUCAAAUUUUCAAAAGAAUUUCGUUCGGAACAAUCAUGUUGUACCGCAUAACAAAGAUUAUGUUCCUUUUGGAGAACUCCUUGAGCGACGGAGACAAGAAGCCAGUCGAACCAUCCUUGUACAAGUUCAAUCAGCAAAUUCUCACUCAGAAUUAUAUGCGUAUUGCAAACAAUUUGGCAGGGUUGACAGCAUGCAUCAUUACUCGAUCACAAGUGACUCGCACUACUUUUUGGUGGAAUUUGGUGAGGCAUUGAGUGUUAAUGCUGCCCUUAAAUCUGCCACUCAUGUGAAUUAUGAUGAAGUCAUUCCGGUACAAUCUCCAAUGGUAUGGUUUCGAAACAAUCGUGCAACAAAUGGUAAUAAUAAAGAUGAGGAGGACUUGAGCAACGUGAAGUUAUCACUGGGUGUUUCAAUGCUUCCCAACAAUGAGAAAAUCAUUAAUUCCAUCGCCGCUGCUGAUUCGGUAUCACAACAAAUGACUACCCUUUACGAGGCUUGGAAAUUGGAAGAAGUUGAUAUACGAAUGCGUUUUUUGACGGCUCAUCAACUCGAGCGAUGUUUUCUUGGUUUUUUUCCUCACCUUACAAUUUUACCAUUCGGAUCGUCUGUCAACGGUUUUGGUAAACGUGGCUGCGAUCUCGAUCUCGCAUUAAACUUCGAGGUGCAGAAAUUGGAUACAUCAUCGAGCCGAUUUGUAUUUCACAGUAAAUUGAUAUCGCACGACGGCAAAUUGCAGUCAAAGAAAUUUCUGGAAAUUAUCGCUGAUUCGAUACAAUAUUUUAUGCCUGGUAUUUCGAAUGUCAGGCGAAUAUUGCAAGCUCGUGUGCCAAUCAUAAAAUUUGAUCAAAGACUCACAGGACUCGAAUGUGAUCUUUCGAUGUCGAAUGGGAUGGCAGUACACAUGGCGGAAUUAUUGUGUUUUUACGGUGAAGUCGAUUACCGAGUUCGACCUCUCAUAUUCACAAUACGACAUUGGGCCCAUCACGUUGGAAUCACGAAUCCCGUACCCGGUCGUUGGAUCACAAAUUUUUCGAUUACUCUCCUCGUGCUGUUUUAUCUCCAACAGAAACGUAUUAUUCCUUCCCUCGAUGAACUCGAGAAACUUACAGUUGGAUCCAACGUACAAUCGGUUGGUUGCCCAUUUCUUUGCGACGUAACAAAAUUGCCGAUAAUCGAUACAAACAACGACAGUCUUGAGACACUGUUAUCAGGAUUUCUCGAAUAUUACUCAACAUUUGAUUUUUCCACCAAAGCAAUAUCGUUGCGAGAGGGUAAGACUUUGAAUAAACCCGAUUUUUCACCCUUGUACAUCUGUAAUCCGCUGGAAAAAAAGUUGAACGUUAGUAAAAACGUGAGCUUCGAAGAAACGGAAAAAUUGAAGUUGGCGGUGAGAAACGCUUUGUGGAUUUUGGAAACUGCCGUCCUCGACACAACUUACCAACCAGGUUUACUUGCGAUACUUCAACAAAAGUUGGAAAUCGUUAAUUACAUUGGUGGUAAGCGCGUUGUGAACGUUGCGGCAUUGUUUAACAUGUCUGGCGAUAAAAAAAAAUCUUCAAAAAACCAAAAAAAAACUGAAGAAAUUGAAAGCUCGGAUGAGGGUUUAGAUCUGGAUUCACAGUCCAAGAGAAAUAGUAAAAAGAAAAAAAAACGUGCGAGGCCAUGUUGAAAUUCCUUGUGUAUAUAAUUUAAGUCGCAUCUGACCCAGACGUUUCUUAAUAACUUUGUAAAUAAAUUGACAUUUCAUCGA